AUUACAAAGCAAAAUAAUUGGGCUCUCUUGUGGAAAAGUGCUGAAUAUGUAGGCUGAAAACUGGGACAUUGAACGCAACGAAUUCGACUUCAAUAAUUAAUUACUCGGCAAUAAUUUGGUAUUUUGUGGGAAAUCACAAGAAUAAUAAACAAGCACAGACGAAGACGUGUGACACAGUUUCAGAACUUUUUGGACGACGCUGCCAGAAUAUAUUCCCCAAUUACUAUUAUCAUAUUACUUUCGAGUGUCGAGCAGUUAACAGAGACUACAAAAUGGUGUCGAGAACAGUCCGAAAGAAUCAACUUCUACUGCUCGCAGUGCUAUUGAUCGCCAGAUCUGCCCUGGGCUUCCCAUCAACGACGGAUGUCCACGACUUAAUGCUGAAUGAUGACUACGAUUACGAUACCGACGAGCCGAGUGCGCCCAGUCCACAGACGAAGCCAACGGGUGUUGCCAAUGCCUACCUGCCGCUAGUCAACCGGACUCUGACCAAGACGGGCAUACUGGGCGAAGAUGUUGUGCUGAAGUGUGAUGAGAACAUUACCGAGGCGAAUGUCAUACUCUGGUUCCAGGACUCCAAGAUGAUUACGAGCGACCGCAGCGUGGUGCUGCCCAACUUUAGUCUGAAUCCGAAGAACUUCGACCUGACCAUAUUGAAGGCUAGUCCGCAAAGCGCUGGCACGUACAGCUGCCAGAUCCUGCCCCAGAAUGUCUUCGUCAGCACAAAGGUCGUGCUGGGCGAUCACUCGCUGGACGUCAUCACGCCGGAGAGCUCUCGGUCCGGCCAGAACAGUUUGCAACGGCUCGCGCUCCUGUGGCUGCUGUCCGCGUGCCUGGCUCUGGCGCAUCAGCUCAAACAUUAGUUAGGUUUAGUAUUAAGCAGUGCUUCUUUAUAAACAAAAAAAAAAA